ACUAGGUCGGAGAACCGAGCCCGGACUGAGCUCUGGACGUGUUUUUGUACCGGGUUAAAGCUUCUAGGUGGAAAUAAACAGGUAUUAUGUGGUUCCAGCGGUGGAGGACGUGGUGCAGGUUCGGGAGGAACGCUUCCUCGGUUCACUCUCAGCGCCGGUGCUGGACUAACAUGUCCACCGGUAACAAGAGGCUGAGAGUCCUGGUCGACAUGGACGGUGUUAUUGCGGACUUUGAGGGAGGAUUUUUAAAGAAAUAUAGGGAGAAAUACCCUAAAGAGCCGUACAUUAGCCUGGAGGAGCGCAGAGGAUUUUGGGUGUCGACGCAGUACGGACAGUUGAGAGGUGAUCUGUGUGAAAAAGCCAUAAGCAUCUGGGAGUCCAAGAAUUUCUUCAUGGAGCUCGAGCCGCUUCCCGGAAGUCUGGAGGCUGUAAAGGAGAUGGCCAACAUGGAGAAUACAGAUGUCUUCAUUUGCACCAGUCCAAUCAAACACUAUGCCUACUGUCAGUAUGAAAAGUACGCGUGGGUAGAGAAGCACCUGGGCUAUGAUUUCUUGGAGCAGAUCAUUUUGACCAGAGACAAGACCGUAGUGAGCGGGGACAUCCUGAUUGAUGACAAGCCCGACAUACUUGGUGUAGAACCGAAUCCCUCCUGGGAGCACAUUGUCUUCACCGCCUGCCACAACAAGCACCUGCCCGCCGGCGCCACCCCGAGGCGACUCCUGUCCUGGAGCGAUGACUGGAGGGGGAUCCUGGAAAGCAAGCGCUAG